AUGAAAAGCGUUAUAUCACUCGUUGCUCUGGCAGCCACAUGUGCGACUGCUAUCCCAGCAUCCCGCCAAUCGUUCACCCUUACCACCAAGUCCAAUGACCCCAGUCUAAACAAUAUCGCAUUGGUCGACGCUCGUAACUCCGAAAAUACUAUUGGAACUCUCGAGACCAUACCCAGCAAGAAGGAGAGCCCAACUGUCUUCUUCCUCGAAGCCGGAACAAAGGGUCGUCUUGUAACUAAGUCAACGACUGACAACUCACUACGUUAUGCCUGGGGAUGGGAGCCCAGCGACGUGGGUUCCAUACAAUUCGAUAAAAUAGGCGGCGCCGAUGGUACCAUUUAUUAUCCGAAGUUUACAAUCACGUCUGACAAUUUGUUGGUUCCUGGGGGCAACUAUAGCGGCAUUGGUUGGAGUUUCUGUUCGCCAGAUUCAGACUUUGUAGCAGCUGAUACUAAUCUUGGGGGGCCGAUUUUUCUGGGCCAGGACGGAUGUACGGCUCUCCAAGGGUUGAAUGUUGUUGCGUCAGACUAA